GGGGCGGGGCGUUUCCGCUUCCGGCCAGUUGGCGUGCGAGACGCCGGCGGGAGGAUGGAAGCGCUCGUGGCUCAGUGCACCGCGCGGCUGCUGCUGCAGGAGAAAGUCAUUCAGUCUCUGAGUGCCGAAAUUAACCAGUUGAGAAACCGUGCCUACUCGGAAACUUCGCCGCAGCUGGCUCAGCUGCAUGAAGAAAAUUUAAAAUUAAAAUAUCGCAUAAAUAUUCUCCGAAAGAGUCUUCAAGCAGAAAGGAAUAGACCGACCAAAAAUAUGAUUAACAUCAACAGCCGUCUUCAGGAAGUCUUUGGCUGUGCCGUAAAGGCCGCCUACCCAGAUUUGGAAAAUCCUCCUCUGUUCGUGACACCGAGCCAGCAGGCCAAGUUUGGGGACUACCAGUGUAACAGUGCUAUGGCUAUCGGGCAGAUGCUGAAAACCAAGGAACAGAAAGUGAAUCCCAGGGAGAUCGCUGAAAACAUCACCAAACAUCUCCCGGACAAUGAGUAUAUUGAAAAAACUGAAAUUGCUGGUCCUGGUUUUAUUAACGUCCAUUUAAGGAAGGAUUUUGUGUCGGAACAGUUGAGCAAUCUUUUGGUGAAUGGAGUUCAUCUGCCUGCCGUUGGAGAGAAUAAAAAGGUUGUGGUGGACUUCUCUUCUCCCAACAUAGCUAAAGAAAUGCACGUGGGCCACCUGAGGUCCACCAUCAUCGGGGAGAGCAUGUGCCGCCUCUUCGAGUUUGCAGGAUAUGAGGUGCUCAGGUUAAAUCAUGUGGGAGAUUGGGGGACCCAGUUUGGCAUGCUGAUUGCUCACCUGCAGGAUAAAUUUCCAGAUUAUCUAACAGUUUCACCUCCUAUUGGGGAUCUCCAGGCAUUUUAUAAGGAAUCCAAGAAGAGAUUUGAUACUGAGGAAGAAUUUAAGAAGCGGGCGUACCAGUGUGUGGUUCUUCUGCAGAGUAAAAACCCCGAUAUUCUGAAAGCCUGGAACCUGAUCUGUGAUGUGUCCCGUCAAGAGUUUAAUAAAAUCUACGAUGCACUGGACAUCACUCUGAUAGAGAGAGGAGAAUCCUUCUAUCAAGAUAGGAUGGAUGAUGUUGUCAAGGAAUUUGAAGAGAAAGGGUUUGUGCAAGUGGAUGACGGCAGGAAGAUUGUGUUCGUCCCGGGCUGCUCCGUCCCGUUAACCGUCGUGAAAUCAGACGGAGGUUACACCUAUGAUACAUCUGAUCUGGCUGCUAUUAAACAAAGACUGUUUGAGGAAAAAGCAGAUAUGAUCAUCUAUGUGGUGGACAGCGGGCAGUCCGUGCACUUCCAGACGAUAUUUGCUGCCGCUCAGAUGAUUGGUUGGUACGACCCUAAAGUGACUCGCGUGUCGCACGCCGGAUUUGGAGUGGUGCUCGGAGAAGACAAGAAGAAGUUUAAAACGCGCUCGGGUGAAACGGUGCGCCUCGUGGACCUUUUGGAGGAGGGUCUGAAACGAUCCAUGGACAAGCUGAAGGAGAAGGAAAGAGAUAAGGUGUUGAGUGCGGAGGAACUGCAGGCUGCUCAGAUGUCCGUGGCGUAUGGCUGUAUCAAGUACGCCGACCUGUCCCAUAACCGCUUGAACGACUACAUCUUCUCCUUCGACAAGAUGCUGGACGACCGCGGCAACACGGCUGCCUACUUGCUGUACGCCUUCACCAGGAUCAGGUCCAUCGCCCGUCUGGCCAACGUGGAUGAAGAGACGCUGCGGAAGGCCGCCCGGGAGACGAAGAUCGUGUUGGAGCACGAGAAGGAGUGGAAGCUGGGCCGGUGCAUCCUGCGGUUUCCCGAGGUCGUGCAGAAGAUUCUGGAUGACCUGUUUCUGCACACGCUGUGCGAUUAUAUCUACGAGCUGGCCACGACUUUCACCGAGUUCUACGACAGCUGCUACUGUGUGGAGAAAGACAGACAGACCGGCAAGGUGCUGAAGGUCAACAUGUGGCGGAUGCUGCUGUGCGAAGCGGUGGCUUCCAUCAUGGCCAAGGGCUUUGCCAUCCUGGGGAUAAAGCCCGUGCAGAAGAUGUGACCCUUCUCUCUA